CCCCCUCCUGCCCUGCAGAAUUUAGCUCCAAGGAGAACUGAGUGCCAGCGCGGGGUAUUUGGUGCGCUCCACUUCCACCUCCGGGGAGGGAGCGACGGUUUACUUCAGGGAGAAACAAAGGGGCAGCAGAAGCGAAAGUAACAUUAUCUCUUCUUGCUGGGGUGAGAAGCUGGGGCUCAAGGCUGUUGCAGCUGCUUCUGCUUCUGCAAAGAAGGAAGAAGCAGCCCGGACAUCACUGUUUUAAACGCAGUCUGCUGAUCGCUGCAGUUAGGAGCACAGAGCAAAGCACAGAGGCUGCGGGGAGAAAGUGCAGAGCAAUUGAAGCUUCCCAGCCAAUGGGUUUCUGCUCUGUGUAACAGCCCAGGCUCAGUGUGAGUAAGAAGCUUCAGACUCCUUCCAGAUAUUUUGAAUUAUAGAAGAAGAAAUGAAUCUUGCAAAUGACAGUGCAAAGUUCAGUGCCAUUUAUGACUGGGACUAUGUUGUGUGGGAAGUUCGUUUGACAUUACUAGCAGCUGGUUUUUUCAGCUACCUGGGAGUAUUUCUUCUCGCUCACUGGCUGGCCUCAUGGAUCAGUGCCAGUUAUCGCACUUUGUCAGCAAAGCAGAAGAUCUUCUGGAAUAUGAAUAUCACACGUGGCCUGUUUGCAGUUCAGAGUUGUGGAGCUGGGUUGUGGGCCUUGCUUAUAGAUCCAGUUUUUCAAGCUGACCAAGUGUAUGCACAGCAAAAGUGGAGCUGGUUUCAUUGCUUAAUAGCCGCUGGCUACUUCUUGCUUGAAAAUGUAGUUAUUCAUGUGUCUAACAUUGUUUUCAGGAUAUUUGAUGUGUUCGAGGUAGUUCAUCAUUUAUUUGCCUUUGGUGGGCUUCUUGGUCUGAUAAUUAACAUAAAAUCUGGACACUAUCUACCCCUGAUGGGACUGCUACUUGAGAUGAACAAUCCUUCAUACUGCAUAUCCUUUAUGCUUGCAAGGAUUGGCUGUGCUAAUACCCUUUUUGAGAAGGCAACCCAAUGGGUAAAUAUCCAUAUGCUUCACUGCCGCAUGGUCCUUAUUUAUCAUAUGUGGUGGGUAUGUGUUUCCCAUUGGAAUGAUGUGGUGGAAAAUCUGGGACUUCCAUAUUUUAUUGUUUUUUUCAUGGGGUUAAGUACACUUACAUUAAUACUUAAUCCAUACUGGAUAUUCAAAUCGACUCAGCGGCUCUUUGGUCCAGUUGACAGGAAAUUUCCAAAUACAACAGUGAAAAAUGCAUCCUGUGAAAAUUUAAAUAGUGAAACAUUCCAAAAGAAGAGGAUAUAGUUCUGCAACAGCUAUUAGGGUUGCAGUAAAAUAUGGCCAGGAGAAAGUGGUGCAGGUUUACUAGCAAGUCCAUGAAAAUAGAAUUGCUUACAAGAAGUCUAUGAAUAUAUUGAUCUGUUUGCAGUUUGCUAUCAGUGUACUAUAUUCAUUUAUCAAAAGUGUUUUAAAAUUGUUGUUGUCUAUCUUUAAAAUAUACACACACUCUUUGACUCAGUCAGGAUUGGUGCCAGUAAUUUUAGUCUGGGAGCCUAAUGCCAGACUGGCGUACGAUAUUGAACCUAUUGGUUGGCAAAUAUGAGCCCAUGCAAAAGUAAAUAUCACAUGCAUAAAGUUCCAGCAUGGAAUACAGCUCGACCUGGUUAUAGUGACCUUACAGCAAGGACAUCACACAGAGUGAAUGAUUGAUGAGUGAGUAAAUGUGGGGUGAUCUUCGUUCGGUACCAACCCUCAGCCCAUUCUAAAACACUAAUUAGGUAAAAAUUAGUAACCACAUGCCCACUGGGCAUGCUUUUAAGACAUGUGACUCCUUUGAGGAAAAAGAGUAUAAGAAUCAAGCAAAGUAAAUUACUGUGUUUGGGAUUCCUUAAUUGAUGCUUGAAGAAGCAACGCUGCUAGACAGAGUAGCCAAAACUCUUCUCCUUGGGCUCGAGUAGGACUGUGAACCAGAGGGGUCUCAAGGCCUUGCCUUGAGGGAAUCCGAGACAGACCAGAGGGUUGAGAAGAACAGACCUUGAGAGAAGAAGCCGUCUAUAAAAUUGGUAACCACCUUCUCUGUUUGCCAAGCAGGAACUGCAUGAGGCUAGUGCAUGGCCUGUUUGUGUAUAUUUGUGAAAGAGAAACUCGUUAAGAGGAAUGUAUAGCUCUUAAUGUCUCACAUAGUAAGUGUGUGCUUAAUAUAACCCUUUACCAUUUCUGUAACUCCUUUUCAAUAAACUGCUGUGUAUUGCAGAUAAUUACUGUGCAGGGUGCAUUUGAUUUAAAUCAAAUUGAUUUAAAUCACGAUUUAAAUCACUAGUCAGGAAGACUUGAUUUAAUCAUGGUUUUCUAUCAAAAGUGCAUUCUUAUUAGUUGUUAUAACCUUAAUACAUAUUCUUCACAAGUCAGAGAGAUGUAGGUUUCAUUUUUAGAAGUUACACACUAUCCAUUUUUAAACAGUGAUUUAUGUUCAAAACUUUGCAGAUUAGUUUUAUUGCUAUAUCAGAAAAUGAAUGAUGGUUUGGUUAUUUCAUUUACCAAAGGUAAAUUGGGAAGUGAACUAUCUCCAAUUC